UGGACAAGCAGGAAGUAAUGACAGAGGCAUAAAGUCGUAGUGGACUUACUGUCCCGUCUCAGUUAAACAGCGACACACACCUGGUUCAGGAUGGGCGACAAGCCAGAGAUUGUGUACAAGGAAAUCAAUCUCCCAGACGAUUUAAAGCACAAACUUGCAUUUGUUCUGGAAAAUGUCCUCACACCGGAGGAGUGUCAAUGGUACAUCGACGAGACGGAGAGGAGGGGGUACAUCUUGGCCCAGGUCAACACUGGGGUUAAACAGGUGACAAGGACAGAUAUCAGGAACAGUUCACGAAAUAUCUGGGACUCGGAAGAAGAGGCCAAGAAAAUCUGGGACAGGAUCAAAGAAUUUGUACCUGAAGUAUUCAGUGAAAGAAGGGUCAUGGGUUUGAAUGAAAGACUCCGCUUCCUCCGCUACAACCCGGGAGAAUACUUCAAACCUCACGAGGAUGGUGUCUAUCAGAGGGACAACGGGGAAAGGAGCUACAUCACUGUACAGGUGUACUUGAAUGAGGGAUUUGUUGGGGGAAGCACAACUUUCUUCUCAUACAGAACAAAGGAUAGCAUCCCCGUGGUCCCCAAAACAGGCUCAGUCCUGGUGUUCCAACACGACAUGCUACAUGAGGGCUCCACGCUACUGGAGGGACGGAAGUACACCAUCAGGACCGAUGUCAUGUACUCUGCUCAGAGAGUCCCCUUCACAACACAGUGAGCUCACGUCUAGUGUGGUCACGUCCAGUUAGUCACAUCUCGUGACCUACCAGCUAGGGUUUAGUCCUAGUGUUUGUCUUUCUUUGUUCUUAGGCCAGACCAAUCUUAUUUCUUGUUUUACGGAUUUUUGUCCUCAGAAAACUAAAGGCAGGAGGGAAAAAAAUAAAAAUCACCAGUCAAAGUAAUUUUCCUUCUAAAUCCUAAGUAUUUUACUUUGGCAAUUUAUGAAGUGUAUAUGGGGCAAAAAAACAUUCUAAAAAACAUUUUUCUUAUAAGUUUACACUUUUGGCCAAUAAAAACAUUUGAAUUUAAUUUUUUGAGCAGGGAAAAUUAAGUUUUAUUUUUUUUCUUAUUCUUGAAAAAAUACGACUGGCGGAUCCGUAAAACAAGAAAUUGUCUGGUCUGGCCUUAGGUUGUUUUACUCACUACAUGGUGGUGAAGAUUGUAUAUGCAAAACAACAAAUAUGUUGAUACUUGAGAAAUUUUAUUGAGAGAUGGAAACAGCAAUAUUGUUUCCUACUGCAUGAUAGUUUUUAUACCGUUACAUUCUAGUUGGUUGUUUUAUACCGUUACAUUCUAGUUGGUUGUUUGAAGCAGCUGUGAUAACAGGAACUAUCAAGUUGUGUUUUCCUGGCCAAAUGUGAUAACUUGGCAUCAUUAAAGACUCGGCUGAUGUAGUCACCAUGGCCCAUGAACUUAUUGCUGCCUCUAUUGAUCUCCCAGUUAGGGGUGAAACGGUAUACCGCGGUAUUAGUAGAAUGGCGGUAUUUUGCCUUCAGUUCAGUAUACUGUAAUGCAAUCGAAAAAUUAGUGGGUCUUUUUGGUUUUCCGACCGUCAUUUUAUUAACCUUUUUAAGUAACAUUACACUUUCUUAGUAGUGUACAGAUUCCAGUACUUUUGUUGGGUUCAGUCCCAUCUGGGAUUCGAACACACAUCCUCAGAGUCAGGCACCUAAUCGCCAGCACACAAAGUCAGAUGCCUAACCCAUAUAUCAGACCAAUGAACAUUUAACGACCAAUAAAAAGAGAAAGCAGCGUAAUACUCAAGCUAAAACAAGAUUGUUUCAAAAAGGAGUACAUUUCUGAGUGAACUUUGAAACAUACUUUGAAUGAAUCUGAAAA